UAAUAGGAGAAGCUUGGACUUGCCUUCCUUUUUUCUGGCCUUUUGGUGCCACUUCAGCCGCUGACUCUUCUGUGUCGGUUUGGUUCAUCUGGCUGCAGAGAGAGGACACACAAUGUUGGCUCUUGUUGUGUUCUUGCUGUGUGCAGCCUCCUCCUUCUCCGCUUCAGCCAAAGGUGUUGCUGCUGGACCCCGACUGAACAACAACCAGCUGUACAAAUUCAGCUACACCACUGAGGUCCUGAUAGACAAGGCCAGGGGGUCAAAGGAGGGCAGCGCUGGCUACAGGAUCUCAAGUGAUGUGGAUGUUAAUCUGGUUUGGAGAGAUCCGAGCAGCAAGGAUGACCAGCUGAUUAAACUGGCGAUGUCAAAUUUGAGGAUUGAGCCUGUGUCUCAGACAUCAGAGAAGAAGAACAUCCUCCAUGGAGCCACAACUGAGAGUGUUUUGGGGAAAACCAAACUUGCUGCUCUGACAAAACCUUUCUUGUUGCAUCUGAAAAAUGGAAAGGCAAAAGCAUUUUAUUCCUACUGGGAAGAACCUACAACCAUCAAGAAUCUGAAAAGAGGCCUGGCAAGCUUAUUGCAAGUGCAGCUCAACACUGGGAAGGUUGUCGAGAAUGAUGUAUCUGGGCGGUGUACGGUCGAGUACAAGGCAGUUAAAGGUCAAGUAACAAGAACCAAGAUCCUGGAGACGUGUAAUACUGCAGAGACUGGAUUUACGACGCACAGUAAGGUCCUGGGUGUGAGCUCGAAGGCCAGUUCUGUUACGGUGUUCACGCUCGAAGACGGUUUCAUCCGCUCUGCCGUGGCUGAAGAAACACACACACUGGCUGUCAAUGUUCGCAAAUCCACUGCAGCUAAAGUCGUGUCCAGACAAACACUCACUUUGGUGGGAAAAGAGGCCGGCCCAGUGGAGGCUGCUGGGAAAGACGUUGCUGGCGUUGUCAAGUCAGUUGAUACCAAACUGGCAGCUGUUGGUAUUGUGGCUGAGAAGGUCAAAUCCCAGUGCAAAGGCUGUCCAUCACUUUUUGAACAUUGGCAAGCUGAAAAGAAGCAGCUGGAGCCAGCGAGCCUGUCCAAAGCCACGGCUCCUCGCAGCUUCCUGGCCCUCAUCCAAAGCAUUAGGAAGGCGUCCAAAGACGAGAUCCUCAAAGUGCUGAAGAGUGCCGACAAGGCAUCUCUACCUCAGGUGGUGGAUGCUGUGACUUCCUCCCAGACUACUGCAUCUCUCGAUGCCAUGCUUGAAUUCCUGAACUUCACCGACGCCAAAGGUUUGGUCCUGCAGGAGAGGUUUCUCUACGCAUGUGGCUUUGCCUCACAUCCAAAUGAGAGAAUGCUUGAGGCUCUGCUGGAUAUUUCCAAAGGAAAGAUCGGCAGCACCGACAUCAAAGAAUCAGUGGUGAUCAUUAUGGGAGCCUUGGUCCACAAGCUGUGUCAGAAAGGAGGGUGUAAUUUACCGACGGUGGUGAAGGUGAAGAAGAUGAUUUUAGAUGGUCCCAAGAGCACAAACGAAGAAUCUGAGGUCCAGAUGUACCUGUUGGCCCUAAAGAACUCUCUGCUCCUGGAGGCCAUUCCCAUAUUUACCAAAUACGCAGAGUCCGAGGUGGGAGCUUACUGCACUAUCGCUCUGACUGCCCUGCAGAGAUAUGAUGUCAGCCUUAUGACCAGUGAGGUGAAACAGACAGUGAACAGGGUGUAUCACCAGAAUCGCCGAAUCUAUGAGAAAAACGUGAGAGCUGCCGCUGCUGACGUCAUCCUGAGCAGCAACCCGUCAUACAUGGAGAUCAAGAACCUGCUUCUGUCCAUCGGAAACCUGCCCCACGAAAUGAACAAGUACAUGCUGUCCAAGAUCCAGGACAUAAUCCGCUUCCAGAUGCCUGCCAGCAAAGUUCUACGACAAGCUAUGAAGGACAUGAUUUCACAUAACUAUGACCGUUUUGCAAAAGUCGGCUCAUCAUCUGCUUAUUCAGGAUUCAUGGCACAAUCUGCUGAUGUGAGCUCCACGUACAGUUUGGACAUCCUAUAUUCAGGCUCUGGGAUCCUGAGAAGAAGCAACAUGAAUAUUUAUGGUGCUAGUAAUGGAGCAAUGCUACAUGGACUGCAGGUGGCAAUCGAGGCCCAGGGUCUGGAGUCACUGAUUGCUGCCACACCUGAUGAAGGGGAAGAAGACCUGGAGUCGUUCGCUGGAAUGUCGGCUCUGCUGUUUGACGUCCAGCUGCGACCGGUCACCUUCUUCAAGGGUUACAGUGAUCUCAUGUCCAAAAUGUUCUCCAUGACCGGAGAGCCCAUGAACGUAGUGAAGGGUCUCAUCCUGCUGUCUGAUCAUUCUGAGGUCAUCCAGCUGCAGUCCGGCCUGAAAGCAAAUGCAGAGUUUCAAGGAGGGUUAGCCAUUGACAUUUCUGGAGGCAUGGAGAUCAGUCUGUGGUACAGAGAGUCCAAGACCAGUGUCAACAACAGAGGAGCGUUAGUGGUCACUGGUAACAUUACUGUGGACAUGGACUUUUUGAGAACGGGCGUGGAGGUCAGCUUUGAAACAGAGGCGGCGCUGGACUUCAUCACCACUGUCCAGUUCUCUGAAUACCCCUUCCUGGUGUGCAUGCAGAUGGACAAAACUACCUUCCCAGUCAGUGAAUAUCUGACCAAAUAUGAGCGUCUAUCAUCAGGGAAGAGCAUUAAAUCGCGGAAAGGCAGAAAGAUGCUCAUCCCCGGCUCUGAGUUCCCACUUCACCAGGAGAACUCAAACAUGUGCAAGAAAGUUUUCGACUCCAGCUGGUAAAGAAGAUACCACAAACUAUCAGAAGAGUUCAUUGCAUUCAGGGACAGCUAUCACACCUCUACAGUGAAACGGCAGGCAACUCAAGCAACAAAAGACCAUAAGACAGAAAAGUGGUAAAUGUGUAUCUUUUUUUUCUUUUUUUAGCGACACAUGCAAUGUUUACAUUCCUGUGAGUAUUUAAGUCAUUUUGAUUCAACCUUGUUUUUAAAAUCAGGAAUUCUUGCAUUGUCUUCUUGUGGAUUUCCUUGAUAAAAAUGUAUUUAUGAUGGGCACAUUCAGGAUGUAUGUUUUAUUUGAUGUGCAACAUGAAUAAUACCACUGUAAUUUCCCCCCCAGCACGGUUACAGUGAAAAGGAACAUUGUAAAUAUCAGACUGGAGACAGUGGAUUGAAUAGAAAGGCUCCUUUCCCUUAACAUUCCGAUGUUUUUUAAUUAAAUGUGUUUAUAAGGAGGAGCAAUUUAUUGUCUUAUGUCACUGUAUCACCAUCCACACACCUGAAAUAACUUAUGUUCCACAGUAAUGCUGUUAAUUAAUUCCAUUUUUAUAAUCUCGUUGGCGAUUUUUUUUAAGAGUAGCUUCUCCAGAGGUGAGAGAUAUGUUUGUUGAAUCUACAAAGACAAAUCCACUUGAAUUUAUUUUUUUGUACAAGGCUGUAAUUGCUGCAUGUGUGAAGAUGACGUGUUUCUGUAUUUAGGAAUCUUUAUAAUUGGCUGACAAUAAAUAUACACUGGAAACAUGCA